UGCCUUUUACCAAAGGUCUGUCUCAUCCAGAGGUAUUUUUGUUCCGGUAUGUCAAGACUAGUAUAGAUCUGGGUGUCUGGAUGGAGUGUGCCAUAUAUGCAGGGGUCCCCCACGGGUACAGAUAAGCUAUGCCUUGUCAUAACUCCGACCUUUGAGAACCCUACAUACUAUCCCUCAGUCUAACUAAAUUGAUAAUAUGGGUGCCUGGGGCUAUGGAUACUUUGAUAACGAUUCUACUUGUAAUGCUUUGUCUUACCUCUGCGACGGUGAAAGUGACUCGGUGAAAGGUCUAGUUGCACUGAUGGAGGAUGCCUUACAAAACGACUAUAUCGAGGAUAAUUUCGCCGACAGUAUCCUUACUGCAAUCCUCUUGACUCUUUGGAGGUCUCCUUCGACAAACGGGGGCUUGUUAGACGAAGCGUUCCAGCCGUACAUCUCAGCAUACUACGUGGAGAAGAUGCGAGUCGCGGCCGAAAAGAACCGCCAGGAGGCUGAGAAGUUUGGGUUAGAAAACCUAACAAAGCUCUGUAAGGAAGCCCUUACAAGGAUUUUGGAUCCGAAACACUCCGAACCGGCGGACUUGUGGAGCGAAACUGGUAGCGAAAGGUUUGAAAUCUGGAAACGGAGCAUCACCCAGCUUCAGGGGUUGUUGAAGGAAUAACCGGAAGGAGGGAACUGCCAGGAGAAUACAAUUUAUUUCAGUUUAUAACCAGAAAGAUGCACUCGGAAGGGUAGUCGGUGGCCUUAUAUACAGAAGUGGGUACGAUGCCAAGGUGUCUGCUUAUCGGAGGUAAGAAGAUGAUGGACUCCGACUUCCGUCUAGCUAAAUGGCACUUUUACUACAGGGAGGUUGUUUUGGAGAAUUUCUUAAACGGCUGAAAGCAACGAACAUAACGAAUACCCGGAUUAGCAACAAUUAGGGCUAACCAGUCAUGAAUCCGUGCCAAAAAGCCAAACACGCAAUAUAUCAAUUAAAAUAUCCACCCCUUAUCCUAAAUGUGGUAUCGAUAAAUGUGAC